UACCAGGACCAUGUUGGGGUGGGCAGUUAGUUACCAAGACCAUGUUGGGGUGGGCAGUUAGUUACCAGGACCAUGUUGGGGUGCGCAGUUAGUUACCAGGACCAUGUUGGGGUGCGCAGUUAGUUACCAGGACCAUGUUGGGGUGCGCAGUUAGUUACCAAGACCAUGUUGGGGUGGGUAGUUAGUUACCAGGACCAUGUUGGGGUGGGUAGUUAGUUACCAGGACCAUGUUGAGGUGGGUAGUUAGUUACCAGGACCAUGUUGGGGUGGUUGGCCCCGGGGUGGGCAGUUAGUUACCAGGACCAUGUUAGGGUGGUUGGCCCCGGGGUGGGCAGUUAGUUACCAGGACCAUGUUAGGGUGGUUGGCCCCGGGGUGGGCAGUUAGUUACCAGGACCAUGUUGGGGUGGUUGGCGCCGGGGUGGGUAGUUAGUGGCCUAACCCAGCACCAGUGACUGACCGAGCCCGCCGGGGAAAGGAGGGAGGCGACCCAAUGUGCGCAGUUGGGUUGGCCGCCGCUAGGCGCUGGAGCGCGCAGGGUUAAAGACAACCCUCCUCGGGGUCUCCCCUCCUCAACACCCCCUCCCUUCCGGGGGAUUUCGGGCCCCAGCCCCUCUGACGUCAGUGCGGUUGCUAUGACAACCGCCCGACUUUCCCAAAUAAAAUUACUGCGGGCGAGCAAAGUUUCCUGGAGUCGGCCGCGGAGUAAACAAUGGCAGGGGCGGGGCUCGGCACCGGGUCCGAGGCCCGAGCGGGGGUCCCUGUCCCAGGCUCUGGGACAUGGGUCCGGACAAGGGACUGAGCGCGGACGCCCUGCCGCUCCCACGCGUGUGCACUUCCUGUCGCCGGCUGCGGGAGGAGGUAAAACAAGCCGGCAGGCCGCAACCCGAGCAGGGCAGGGAGGACCAGGCCCACCGAACCCGCCAGACCCAUCAGCCAGGGACUUAAGAACUAGUGGGAGUCUCCCACCCCUACCCCGGGCCUCACCUAACCUCUACAACAGAACAGAUUCGCAUCCGCUGCCUUCUGCCAGGUGCAGGGAGGGACCCCAGGUUGGGGCCCAAGCCAACGAAAUGACUUUAGCUCCAGACCUACCAGAUGGAAAGAGACUCCAGAGUUGUCCUGUGACCUCCAGAGCCCCACACGUCUCUCUCAGCAGCCCUGCCCCCACAGCCAGGGCCCUCCUUGGUUGUUCACUGAGCCUUUCCCACACUGCUUGUGCCUCCGGACUUCUCAGAGCAGCAAACUUCACAGAACCGCCUGCUGCUUGCCUGCCCUUCCCAGCGAUGCAGGCAGGCUUCACAUUUGUUCUGUUCCCUGACAACGCAGGUGGCAGAAGCUGGCUCCAGAUUCCACGCCAGCCUCCUAAGAGCCCUGCGUGUUGCCGCCUGGGCCCCACCGGGGUGCAAAAAGGGCAGCCCCUUUCUUCCCGGAUGACAAAGUGUGCGACCCGUGGGCGACGCCCAGAGCUGCCGACUCAGGGACUCCGGGAUGCUGGAGCCCCGGGCGGCCACAUCUGGGUCCCCACGGAGCCCCAAAGGAGGCGGGGACUCUGGCUGGGCUCAGUCGGGAAGAGCGGGUGUCCUCCGGACAGCGGCCCAGGCACGGGCUUGCCCGCUGCUGGCAUUCUGUCUGGGCUCCUGGCGGUGGACGGGUCUGACAACGGAGCGUAG